AUGAACGAUACAAAUGAGACUGAGGAAAUGUGGGAGGAUUAUGAUAUUGAAGAGUCCUGGAAUUAUUAUGAUUGGUCGGAAUUAGCUCCUGCACUUGUUAUUUACUCUAUUACUUUUUGUCUUGGAUUGACUGGAAAUAUAGUUAUAAUAGCGUCAACAUUAUGCCCAAAAUUACGUCCACUACCAUCGACACCGACAAAUAUUUUUCUCGGUGGAUUGGCCACCGCGGAUCUUAUUUUGAUUAUUUUCUGCAUACCUGUAAAGAUAGCCAAAUUAUUUUCUUUUACUUGGACUAUGGGAGCAUUUAUCUGCAAAUCAGUACACUAUGUUCAAAGUGUCGCUGCGAUAUCUUCAGUUCUUACACUCACAGCGAUGUCUAUUGAAAGGCAAUUCCUUAUUGUCAGAUAUUACGCAAUAGUACAUCCGAUGAGAGCUCAUUACACUUGCACCAUCAGCCAAGCAAGACGGAUUGUGAUUGCCACUUGGACCGCAUCAUUUUUUUUGGCCAUUCCAAUAAUACUUACUCAAAUUCAUAAGCCAGUGGGAGUUCGGGUUCCGUCUUUUUGGUGCGUACGUGACUCGGAUUCUCAACUCCUCUGGCGGAUACACGAGCUUUACAUGCUCCUGUUAGUGUUGGUGAUUCCCCUCGCGGUUAUGGGGUUUUGCUACACCGCUAUAUGCUGGGAAAUUUGGCGCGUUAUGAACCGAAGAUAUCACAUGACGUCCAGAUCUGCAUUGAGUCCAACGAUACCCUCAAAUAAUAGAGAGUGUAUUCUUAUGACAGACAGGGGACGAGAAAGCUCACGGCAGUCUAGAACCAAGCGUGGAAGUACCAGAACUGAGGGUGAAUCCAGGACCAUUAAACAGGUGGUAAAGAUGCUGGUAGCUGUGGUAGUCCUGUUUGCAAUCUGCUGGAGCCCACUGUUAAUUGACAACGUUCUUACAGCGUACGAGUACCUUCCGCGGGUUAAACAUGGCCCUAUAAAGCACAUGAAUACCGCAUUUCAGUUGAUGGCCUACUUCAACAGCUGUAUCAAUCCAAUAGUGUAUGGAUUCAUGUCGAAACACUUUCGUGAGAGCUUUCUCGCAGCAGCUUACGGGGGCUGGUGGUGUUGUUGCCGAAGAAAAGUCUAUACACCUCCGGUUAAACGGCACCCCAGCCUCAGUCAAACUAGAACUACAAGUGUGGGCAUGACAGCUUCAUUUAUGCUAUUAAACCAUCAAUUUCAAUCUCUAGCUCCCAGUUUCCACUUUCCAUUAAACAGUUUUCAACUACCUACAUCAGAUUAGAACACACACACACAUUUUGUUAA